CAGACGCCUUCAUUUUAUGUUUUUGAAUAAUAGCCGGAGCUAGUGUGGCGAAGUGUAGGCUAUCUGUAAAAUCUCCCCGGAGCAGCUCAACCCACGCACAGCUUCAAGUGCCCGGAAAAGAAGCAGCUUUGACCGAGUUGGAUUUAAAGGCGCUCUCCGACGCUUUCAGAGAUAUGGGCUCAGAGCCACCCAGCUCUCCACAGGUGGUGGAGGAUGGAGGAGAGGAGGAUGAGGAGGAGCUGAGUGGAGGGGAGGAGGCAGACCUGCGGUCCAGUUCCGGCCGGGGCUCCCUGCUGACCCGGAGAGGCAUCACCCUGAGAGUGCUACUCAAGGAUGGCCUGGUGGAGCCGGGGGAUGGCGUGCUAGCAAUCCACUACCUGGGUAAGAACUUUAUAGGAGACCUGUUGAAUGAUGGGAAAAUCAGGUGGGUGGAGACGGGCCAGAUUUUUAACUCCCCUAGUGCCUGGGCAACACACUGCAAACGUCUGGUCAACCCAGCUAAGAAGUCUGGCUGUGGCUGGGCCUCUGUACGCUACCGGGGACAGAAGCUGGUCCAGUACAAAACCACCUGGCUGCACAAGUACCAACCCAGCGCAGACAUGAGCCUGGUGAGCGAGGAGGAUGAUGAUGAGGAUGAAGAGGAAGGGAAGACAGCUGUGCAGGCAGAUGAGAAGAACAAGAACAGCAAACCUGGAUUAAAUGACCUAAUGGUUUCACGGAGAACUGACAGAGAGAGAAUUCCUGUCAGAUAUUGCACCUUGGGCACCAGGGAUGCUGCCAGAGAUCCACACACACUCGUGGAGCUGUCGGCCUUCUCAGCCAUCAACAGAUUCCAGCCUUUUAAUGUAGCCGUGUCCAGUAAUGUCCUGCUGCUAAUGGACUUCCACUGUCACCUCACUACCAGUGAGGUGGUGGGAUACCUCGGAGGACGGUGGGAUACAAAUACGCAACUGUUGACAGUCUUAAGGGCUUUCCCCUGUCGGACCAGGCUGGCAGACAGAGACUCUGCUUCAGCUGUUGAGGAGGAGAUCUGCCAGAACCUGUUCAUGCGCGGGCUGUCGUUGGUGGGCUGGUACCACAGUCACCCGCGCGGUCCGGCUCUGCCGUCGCUGCAGGACAUCGACUCCCAGAUGGACCAUCAGCUGAGGCUGCAGGGUUCGAACAACGGCUUCCAGCCCUGUCUGGGCAUCAUCUGUGGACCGUAUUAUCACGGGAAUCAAGGGGUGGCGUCCACAAUAACCCCAUUCUGGGUCGUACCACCGCCUGAGCAACGGCCUAAUGACCACGGUAUCCCGGUGGCUGUAGAGGUAACCUACGUACAGGACAACUUUCUCACCAGUGAUGUUCUCAAUGAGAUGAUGCUGCUGGUCGACUACUACAGGACAGCUCCAGACAUCGUCCAGUUCACCCAGUAUUGGUGUCCUGAUACGACCAUGAUGGACAAGAUCAAGGGCUCUCUGAGUUGCCACGCUCCCAAAGAUCAGGCCUACUCUCAGAUCUUAGAGCAUGUGUACAGUCAGCUGAUGAACAUCCACUGAGUGGAUUUGCUGUGCGUGUGGACCGUGCCCUCCCAUCUUAAGUCGUUCCAUUUAAAAAAACAAAAAACAUUUUGUGUAGCGCUGACAGGACGGGAGUGACAGAUUUACAAUGUAAGAACCUGCUUGAAAAACAUUUAGAUGCCUUGAACUCUCUCAUCCUCGAUAAAUAAAUAGAAGCAUUUCAUGGACCAGAAUUAGACAGGCAUCUUACCGUUUUCCACAUGGACCUAUGUGCCUAUCUGUGCCAGUAUCCGGUGGUAUGAGCAGAUAUUGCCAGAUAUGUACAACGUGAACAUUUAAUGUGUUUUAAUUGCCUUGAUAGACCUAACCAAUGGAGCAGCGGUUGGGAAAACAGUGAAAAUUAGUCGUGCAAAAUAUUAGCAAAGUAUGCAAGUGUGUCUUGGUUUGACCUGAACUGUUCUCUGUGAUAGGUUUUGUGACUGUUGGUGUUCCUCAAGUCAAAUUGGACGGUCGCAAUGUGGUGCAAGUAAUUCCAUUGUGCUAACCAAUUUUUUUUAUGAACCUUUGUGUGUGUGUGUGUGUGCGUGUGUGUGUGCGUGUGCGUGUGUGUCUAUUGUCCCCCUGUCAGAUUAUGUGAGACAUGAGUCCUGUUGGUUAGGACAGAUAUGUGCUUCCUCUUAACCUGUACUGUAUUUACUACUAACUGUGGAUUGUGUGAUGUCCAUGUAUGAAGACAGAGCAAUGCCUUAAGCCUGCUGAUGAUCCACGAAGCAUUAAAAUAUACACACUGGAACUAUUUAAAACACCA